AUGGAUUUUGAUAAGGACUUGGAUAGAACUCUGAAAAUUCAAACCUCGGGGAACAUUCCCAUAAUAGGAUGCUUUGAGGAGAUGAAUUUAAAGGAGCCCCUUUUAAAAGGAAUCUAUGCAUAUGGCUUUGAGACUCCGUCUGCGAUCCAAUCGCGAGCUAUCACCCAAGUUAUCCAGGGAAGAGAUGUUAUAGCUCAAGCCCAAUCAGGAACAGGGAAAACCGCCACUUUCACAAUUGGGAUGCUUCAAGUUGUGGAUUCAAGUAAAAUCGAAACCCAAGCGUUGGUUUUGUCAACAACGCGGGAACUAGCAGCUCAGAUUAGGACAGUGAUUAACGCUUUGGGUGACUAUAUGAAAGUUCGAUGCCACGCGUGCGUUGGCGGAAAAAGUGUUGGUGAGGAUGUGAAGGCUCUCUCUAAAGGACAGCAUAUUGUAAGUGGUACUCCAGGGCGUGUUUUAGACAUGAUCAAGCGCCGUACACUCAGCACAAGAAAUGUGAAAAUGCUUGUUUUGGAUGAAGCCGACGAGCUGCUUGGCAAAGGGUUUCAAGAUCAAAUUAAUGAAAUUUAUCAGUAUUUACCUCCAUCGACGCAAGUGGUGGUCGUAUCAGCAACGCUUCCAAAAUCUGUCCUCUCGCUCACCAAUAAAUUCAUGUCUGACCCAGUCAAGAUAUUGGUCAAGAGAGACGAACUAACCCUAGAAGGGAUAAAUCAGUAUUAUAUUCAAGUCGAAAAGGAAGAUUGGAAAUUUGAUACAUUGUGUGAUCUGUACGACUCUCUAACAAUCACCCAAGCUGUCAUAUUUUGCAAUACCAAGAAAAAGGUUGACUGGCUGAGCGAAUCACUUCGAAAAGCGAACUUCACCGUUUCUUCAAUGCAUGGGGACAUGAAACAAGAAGAGAGGGAUCGCGUGAUGGAUGAGUUUCGACUCGGUAACUCAAGAGUUCUCAUAUCGACUGACAUUUGGGCGCGAGGAAUCGAUGUGCAACAGGUCUCGUUAGUCAUCAAUUACGACCUGCCUUUCGAUAAAGAGAACUACGUUCAUCGUAUCGGGCGAUCAGGUCGAUUUGGAAGAAAGGGUGUAGCGAUAAAUUUUGUCACGAGGAACGAACUAAGCGAUUUGGCUGAUCUCGAAGAGUUCUUUAGCAUCAAGAUCGAUGAGAUGCCAUCCAAUCUAAGUGAUGUGCUAUAA